CCUGCUCCGGGGCCCCACUGAGGCAGGGGGUGGCUUUUCUCCUCUCGCCGUACCUCGGCAAGGCCUUCCCCGCUUCCCUGGAGCCGGUGCCUGCGGUCCGCCGCCGUGCCGCUGCUUGGGGGACGGCCGGCGGGGCAGGCGGGACGCCUGAGGAGAGCCGGGCGCGGGGGCUGCCAUUACCCGGGCUGGCGGUGGGGUCGGGCAGAGGGCGAGCGCUUUUCCUUGGGCCCGUCGGGCUUCUCUGCUCCCCGCAGCGGUCGUGUCCCGAAAGCUGGAUCGUUUUGGCUCUUCUGCUUCAGGUUUUCUGGAAAACGGCGUUGUCGGAAAGCGCUCCUCCAGUUUCAGUUGCUUCCUACCCCCAUGACACCUGAAAAUACAAACUAUUGCUUUUCUAUUAUUGUGAGCAACUGGUCAUGGUGGAACUAUCAGGAAUUAUUGAUUCAGACUUCUUAGAAAAAUGUGAAAACAAAUGCAAGAUUUUGGGAAUAGAGACAGAGAGGCCCAUUUUACAAGUGGACAGAUAUGUAUUUGCAGGAGAAUAUGAAGAUACCUUGGGAACCUGUGUGGUUUUUGAAGAAAACACAGAGCAUGUAGAUGCAGAAGGCAACCAGAAAGUACAGCUGAAAUACAAGUGCCAUACAAUGAAGAAGUUGAACAUGACACGGACACUUUUGACAGAAAAGAAGGAAGGAGAAGAGAAUGUUGGUGGAGUGGAGUGGUUACAGAUCAAGGACAGAGAUUUUUCCUACAGCAGGCCUAAUACGAUUUGCAGCUUUCUGCGUGAAAAAGAAGAUUCUGAGGAGUCAGCUCAGGCCCAAGACAAAUUGACGGAGGAGUCAGAGGGAGAGGUUUUUAUGCUCAAGAUCCUGUACCCAUGCAUCAGUGGUUCCCAGACUGAUCCAUUGGGGAGCGUUUGCGGUGCUGGGCUGCGCUUGCUGGCAGCUGAACCUCCUGCGAGGGAGCCGGACGGACAGGGUGGGCUGCUGAUGGACAGUCCUCACUGUCAUAGCUCCUGCUGCUGAGGACAGAGAGACGCUUCCGAGAGCUUACCCUCUGUCAGCGUGUGAACGUAGCAGCUCUCUCUCAGGUUUUGUUAACCGACUGCUACAUCUGUCACCGUGUAUGUGUAAAUUUUUUUUAUUAUGUGCAAGCGGUAUUCUAGCAGAAUUGGGUUUUGACCUUUUUCAGCCUUUUCUUUCAGUAAUAUACUGAAGCUGGUUUUUUUGUUCUAGUUUA